CACGCCCAGAUACACACCCACACCCUAGCACUGACACUGACACUGUCAGGCGCACACAGCCCCACACCCCCACACCAUGUUGUUGUGCGGAAGGACUUCCACUCCCUGCCUGUGUCGUUGAUGUCAGUCCCCAGGACAGCCUCCCCGCGCUGCGGCUCCCCUGGCUGAUGCUGAUGCUGAUGCGGCUCCGGCUCCGGGCUCAACCCUAGGAAACAGAAGCCGCUGCUCCGCCCCGGCCCCCACCACCCCCAACAUCUGCAUGUUCCCGCCGCGCUGGCCGCUAGCUGCCUCCCCAGCCGGCAGCCUUCCUACGGACUGAGGCUCGGCGGAGCGCUGGAUUCUGCCGGGAGACCCAUCGGCCCUCCGAAGAGGAAAUUUCGGGGAUUUUAAUUUGAGUGGUCCGAUUUUUUUUUUUUUUUGGGUGGAUCUAUCCAUUCGGGAGCUAAUUCAAGAAGGAAACAUGACGUCUCCAGCUAAAUUCAAAAAGGAUAAGGAGAUCAUAGCAGAAUACGAUACUCAGGUCAAAGAGAUCCGUGCCCAACUCACGGAGCAGAUGAAAUGCUUAGACCAACAGUGCGAGCUACGCGUUCAGCUGCUCCAAGACCUUCAGGACUUCUUCCGAAAGAAGGCCGAAAUCGAGAUGGACUACUCCCGGAACCUGGAGAAGCUGGCCGAGCGCUUCCUGGCCAAGACCCGCAGCACCAAGGACCAGCAGUUCAAGAAGGACCAGAACGUUCUCUCACCCGUUAACUGCUGGAACCUCCUCUUGAACCAAGUAAAACGCGAGAGCCGGGAUCACACAACCCUGAGUGACAUCUACCUGAAUAACAUCAUCCCUCGCUUUGUCCAAGUCAGUGAAGAUUCUGGAAGGCUCUUUAAGAAGAGCAAAGAAGUCGGCCAACAGCUCCAGGAUGAUUUGAUGAAGGUCCUGAACGAGCUCUAUUCGGUCAUGAAGACGUAUCACAUGUACAACGCUGACAGCAUCAGCGCCCAGAGCAAACUGAAGGAGGCCGAGAAGCAGGAGGAGAAGCAGAUCGGCAAGUCAGUGAAGCAGGAGGACCGGCAGACGCCCCGAUCGCCGGACUCCACCUCCAACGUGCGCAUCGAGGAGAAGCACGUCCGCAGGAGCUCAGUAAAGAAGAUUGAGAAGAUGAAGGAGAAGCGCCAAGCCAAGUACACUGAGAAUAAGCUGAAGGCCAUUAAAGCCCGGAAUGAGUACUUGCUGGCUCUGGAGGCCACCAAUGCGUCGGUCUUCAAGUACUACAUCCACGACCUCUCCGACCUCAUCGAUCAGUGCUGUGACCUCGGCUACCACGCCAGCCUGAACCGGGCCCUGCGCACCUUCCUGUCGGCCGAGCUCAACCUGGAGCAGUCCAAACACGAGGGCCUGGACGCCAUCGAGAACGCCGUGGAGAACCUGGACGCCACCAGCGACAAGCAGCGCCUCAUGGAGAUGUACAACAACGUCUUCUGCCCGCCCAUGAAGUUCGAGUUCCAGCCCCACAUGGGGGACAUGGCCUCCCAGCUCUGUGCCCAGCAGCCGGUCCAGAGCGAGCUGGUGCAGAGGUGCCAGCAGCUGCAGUCCCGACUGUCCACCCUGAAGAUCGAGAACGAGGAGGUGAAGAAGACGAUGGAAGCCACCCUGCAGACCAUCCAAGACAUCGUGACCAUCGAGGACUUCGACGUGUCCGACUGCUUCCAGUACAGCAACUCUAUGGAGUCGGUCAAAUCUACCGUGUCCGAGACCUUCAUGAGCAAGCCCAGCAUCGCCAAGAGGAGGGCCAACCAGCAGGAGACGGAGCAGUUCUACUUCACAAAAAUGAAGGAGUAUUUGGAGGGCAGGAACCUCAUCACCAAGCUCCAGGCCAAGCAUGACCUUCUCCAGAAGACCCUGGGAGAAAGUCAGCGGACAGACUGCUCUCUGGCCAGCCGCCGAAGCUCCACCAUAAGGAAACAGGACUCGGGCCAGGCCAUUCCUCUCGUGGUGGAGAGCUGCAUCCGCUUUAUCAGCAGACACGGGCUGCAGCACGAAGGCAUUUUCCGGGUGUCUGGAUCCCAGGUGGAGGUGAAUGACAUCAAGAACGCCUUCGAGAGAGGAGAGGACCCGCUGGCCGGAGACCAGAAUGACCACGACAUGGAUUCCAUAGCAGGCGUCCUGAAGCUUUAUUUCCGAGGCCUGGAACACCCUCUCUUCCCUAAGGACAUCUUCCAUGACCUGAUGGCCUGCGUCACUAUGGAUAACCUUCAGGAAAGGGCUCUGCACAUCCGGAAAGUGCUCCUUGUCCUGCCCCAAACCACUCUGGUCGUCAUGAGAUACCUCUUCGCCUUCCUCAAUCAUUUAUCACAGUUCAGUGAAGAGAACAUGAUGGAUCCCUACAACCUCGCCAUCUGCUUCGGGCCUACGCUGAUGUCGGUGCCCGAGGGCCAUGACCAGGUCUCCUGCCAGGCCCAUGUGAAUGAGCUGAUCAAAACCAUCAUCAUCCAGCAUGAGAAUAUCUUCCCCAGCCCCAGGGAGCUGGAGGGCCCCGUCUACAGCAGAGGAGGAAGCAUGGAGGAUUACUGUGAAAGUCCCCAUGGAGAGACUACCUCAGCUGAAGACUCUGCCCAGGACAUAACCGUGGACCACCACACCAGUGACGAUGAGUGUGAGCCCAUUGAGGCCAUCGCCAAGUUUGACUACAUCGGCCGGACAGCCAGAGAACUGUCCUUCAAGAAGGGGGCCUCCUUGCUGCUGUACCACAGGGCCUCUGAUGACUGGUGGGAGGGCCGACACAAUGGCAUUGAUGGACUCAUCCCUCAUCAGUACAUCGUGGUCCAAGACACCGAGGAUGGUGUCGUGGAGAGGUCAAGCCCCAAGUCUGAGAUUGAGGUCAUUUCUGAGCCACCUGAAGAAAAGGUGACGGCCAGAGCCGGGGCCAGCUGUCCCAGUGGGGGUCAUGUGGCCGAUAUUUAUCUUGCAAACAUCAACAAGCAGAGGAAGCGGCCGGAAUCUGGGAACAUCAGGAAAGCCUUCCGGCAGAGUGACGGCCACGGGCUGAGCAGUCCCCUGCUGGACUCCUCCUCGGGAGCCGGGGGGGCCAGCUGCCGUCCCUCCUCCCAGCCCGUCAUCACCCAGAGUCUCCCCAAGGAAGGGCCUGAUAAAUGUUCCACCAGCGGGCACGGGGGUCUCAAUUCCAUCAGCCGACACUCGUCUCUGAAGAAUCGGCUGGACAGUCCUCAGAUCCGGAAGACGGUGACGGCCGGGAGGUCCAAGAGUUUCAACAACCACCGGCCCAUGGACCCCGAGGUCAUUGCCCAGGAUAUUGAGGCAACCAUGAACUCUGCCCUGAACGAACUGCGAGAGCUCGAGCGGCAAAGCAGCGUCAAGCACACCCCUGACGUGGUCCUGGAUACCCUGGAGCCUCUAAAGACCUCCCCGGUGGUGGCGCCUACUUCAGAACCCUCUAGCCCCCUGCACACUCAGCUCCUCAAGGACCCCGAGCCUGCCUUCCAGCGGAGCGCCAGUACCGCCGGGGACAUCCCGUGCGCUUUCCGGCCGGUCAAGUCAGUCAAGAUGGCCGCCCCAGUCAAGCCACCGGCCACGCGACCCAAGCCGGUGGUCUUCCCCAAAACCAAUGCCACCAGUCCUGGCGUCAACUCUUCAGCCUCCCCACAGCCCACUGACAAGUCUUGUACAGUCUGAUGGACCCCAUUUGAUUGUUCCAGACCAGGGGAUGCAAGGAACCAGAGACUGUUAUUAAAAUCGUCCUAUUUAACUAGCUUGGGGACUUCAGCUGAAAAUUAGAUUCUAAGUUAUUCCUGCAGGAAUAGCCUUCCCAGCAGCUCAAACCCUUGAGAAUGAAGCUCUCCCCGUGUCCCUCCCUGGCCCUCCCCCCCGCACCCUGCCCCCUCCCUCAGCUUCCCUCGGUCAGUCAUAAUCCAGCCAGCUACAGUAUAUACCAGUCUUAGGCAAUAGCCAGAAAUAGAUCUUUCCAUUAUCAGGUCACUGUGAAAUCUGGCAAGGCAAACAGCAAAGAUGUGGCUCAAGUCUCUGUCCUCCUCAAGUCACCGGGGAUGCCUUGCCGCCGUGGCCGGCCGCUGACGCCCCCUCUCAGCGGCCCCACGUUUGGGUACUGGUUAUAAUGAAUUAUAUAGUCUCUGCUUCAU